AGACAAAAGAAGGAUUGUCCGUUGUCCCCCUCGAAGCCCAAAAAGGUACUCCACCUCCUCAUCCCUCCCAAGAGACUCACCCAACUCCAACACUCCUCUUCCACUUACGUCUCUCUCUCUCUCUCUCUCUCUCUCUGUAUAUAUACAUUACACAUAUAGCAUUUACAGACCCCCCCAAAUCACAAGACUAAGUGCCACCAAUUGACUCUCAUCUAUGGCUCUCGUCAACAGGCUUCAAUCUCUCUCAUCCUCUUUCUCUUCUACCCAUUUCAGAAGCCACCGCACACCCUCAAAUCUCCAACCCAUUUGCUCUCUACACUACAAUUCCUCUUCUUCUUCUUCGCCAUUUACAGAAAAGCACUCCGUUCAGAGAUACCAACGAGAUCAAUGGGUUUACAAUCACCAACUCCAACUGCACGACGACCAAACUACUUCUUCCUCUUCCUCGUCUUCGUGCUGCUCAGUCAUUCCUGAUUUCGAUUCUUCGGCGAGGGAAAACGACAUCGCUUUGCAGCUACCGGAGCUGAAGAAGCUGCUUCUAGUGCUUAAAGAGAAGAGGAAAAGUGAAAGAGGCAGUGGCAGUGGCAGGGGCGAUUUUGGGCCCGGGAAUGUGUUCUUGGUGGGCACUGGUCCUGGGGAUCCUGACCUCUUGACCUUGAAGGCUGUCAAAGCCAUUCAGAACGCUGAUUUGUUGUUGUAUGAUCGAUUAGUGUCUAAUGAUGUUUUGGAUUUGGUUGGUGCUAAUGCUAAACUUCUCUAUGUUGGAAAGACUGCUGGCUACCAUAGCCGGACACAGGAGGAGAUACAUGAAUUGCUGUUGAGUUUUGCUGAAGCAGGUGCAAAUGUUGUCAGACUUAAAGGAGGGGAUCCUCUGGUUUUUGGGAGGGGUGGAGAGGAAAUGGACUUUCUGCAACAACAAGGAAUUCAAGUGAAAGUAAUUCCAGGUAUCACUGCUGCUUCAGGAAUAGCAGCGGAGCUGGGAAUUCCAUUGACUCACCGAGGUGUUGCAACUAGUGUCAGGUUUCUCACAGGGCACUCAAGAAAGGGAGGAACGGAUCCUCUCUUUGUAGCGGAGAAUGCAGCUGACCCUGAUACAACCCUGGUGGUAUAUAUGGGAUUGUCAACUCUCCCAUCACUCGCCGUAAAGUUGAUGCAACAUGGUCUGCCAUCAACGACACCAGCUGUAGCAGUUGAAAGAGGGACCACACCUCAGCAGCGUAUGGUUUUUGCUGAGUUAAAGGAUCUGGCUGAUGAGAUUUCGUCAGUAGCUUUGGUAUCUCCCACAUUGAUUAUCAUUGGAAGAGUGGUUGCCCUUUCCUCAUAUUGGCCACAUUCUGUAGAAGAAACAUCCUCCUUGGUAGAGGCGAAAUAAACAUUUUCUUUUAUGAAUUUGAGGAUAUAUCCUGAUAUCUUUCUAGCCAGAAGCUGGGUUUAUGCAUAUUCAAACUCUGGUAAUUCUUGCCCCAGAUGGAUUUGGUUUACUCCCAGUGAAGAAUUAUAGAUGUUCUAUUAGCUCUGCUGCGAAGAGAUGGAGAGGCGGCAGAGAGAAGAAAUUGUUGGGAUGGUAAUGGAAUAAAAUUUCGGAGUAAAAUAAAUUGUAUGUUGACUGAGUUAGGAGUUACUGAGACUGGGCCUUGACACUACCACAUGAAUUUCAGUAAGAAGAAUAAAUGCUUUGUACUUUAGAAUGAAGCAUAGGUUCAUUGCUGACAACCAACUAAAUGCAGGCAUUUUUUCUUUCAAUUCUUUUUUCUUCAUUGGAAUUUCUGAUUGUCAGAUAGGAAAUUUUUUUUGUAAUGAGCAUUUUUAAUUUAUUUGACUCAAAUUUAAUUCUUUUAGUGUUAUAAAA